UUUAGCAGUUGUUCGGUUUCUUGAGCCGGAGAUUCGACGGCUCCAAUGCAGCAAGAUGAUCAACCUGCUGCGUCGGAAUCGUCUGACUUCCCUCAGGCGGUCGGUCGCCUCGGUUGCUCUCGAGUAGCCGCCAGAGGAGCCCCUGAAUCAGCACUCGCCGCUUCUGCCGAUGUCAUCUCCAUUGCCCAUGUAUUGCAAGUGUUUUGCAUCUAGGGUAUACUGCGAUGGGUGCAACUGCACAAACUGCUAUAAAAAUGCUGAGAAUGAAGCUGCUAGGCAUGAUGCUGUUGAAGUUAUUCUAGAGCGCAGUCCUAGUGCCUUCAGGCCAUAUGCGACUAUGGAUCGUAAGGAUGAGGCAAGAGAACUAUCUUUGAUGGGUAUACACAAUGAAGGAUGCCAUUGCAAAAAGUCUGGGUGCCUCAAGAAGUACUGUGAAUGCUUCCAAGCCAAUAUUCUCUGCUCUGAUAAUUGUAAAUGCAUCGAUUGUAAGAAUUUUGAAGGCAGUGAAGAGAGGAAAGCGCUUUUUUAUGGAAAUCAUUUUAGCACACUGUACAUGCAAAAGGAUAAUGCAACCUUAAAUGGUUCCUCUCAGUUCAUCUCUCCUACAUCGGUAAAGGAUCAGUCUAUUCACAGGCUUGCAGAACUGCCACAGGUUGGUUACCUGAAAACUUCAGGACCAGCUCCUGUUUCUGCUCAUGUGAACUGCACUCUUAAUCCUGCUCCGUUGGCCCCUACUAAAUUCUCUUACAGGUAGAGAGAUUAUCAUCGAAUAGUAGUAUCCUUUUUUAUCUUGAAACUUGAAGCUUUUCAUCCAUGUUUGGUUACGACUUACAAAUAUGUUUCUGAGAUUCAAGUUCUGUUGGUCAUCAUGAAGGUCUCUUCUAGCAGAUGUGGUCCAACAGGUACACAUAAGUGAUCUCUGCCAGCUUCUGGUGGUUGUAUCUGAACAGGCUGCUAAAACAUUAGCUGGUAUGGAUAAAUUAACACAAUUAGGCACUUGCAAUAGUAUUUGACAAAUGAUGCAUUGUUUACUAUGAAGUUUAAUUGAUCAUUUUGGAGCUUGUUGGUCUGCAAGUUGCCUGUACAUCUUGCAUUUGUUGUCAACAAAAGCAUGCUGCAUCAGUAACACCAUCUGCAUCGGCUCGGAUAACUGUUUUCUUUUUCAUUUAGUAAUUUCGUCAAGAGAGGAUGAUCAGGUGGAGUUUUUUAGGCUUUUUUUCAGCAUGUAACUCCAUUUUGUGGAUCUUAAACUUUAACCGAGUGUAUCUUCAUUUUGUGUCAUAAAGGUAACAAGAUCCUAAAUUCAUUUGCCAACAAUCUACUGCAAUUAU